AUGCUUCAGUAAUGUGAGCUGCUCUCGAUUCUUUCCAGUGAAUUGUGGGAGAACUUGUCUUUGUGUUGGGCACCUCUGAGGAAUUAUGAGACGUCACUGGAGGAUUACCAGCACUGAAGUGUGUGUCCUAACUGCAGAGUGACAAGUUACCAGCCUGAAAGUAAAUACCAUUCUGCCCCAGGAUGGACCAUACAAUGACUGUAAAACGCCAUUACACUCAGACCAGAGGAUUCUCUCUGUAUGAAUGGGUGCUGGGUAGAGGCAACGCCCAAGCAAGAGCUGGUAGUCGCUCUUCUAAAACCUUUAAACCAAAGAAAAACAUUCCGGAGGGGUCUCACCAGUAUGAGCUGUUAAAACAUGCAGAAGCCACACUCGGGAGCGGUAAUCUCCGGAUGGCCGUUAUGCUGCCAGAGGGUGAAGAUUUAAAUGAAUGGGUCGCAGUUAAUACUGUGGACUUCUUCAACCAGAUCAAUAUGCUUUAUGGGACUAUUACAGACUUCUGUACGGAAGAGAGCUGCCCGGUGAUGUCAGCAGGUCCCAAAUAUGAGUACCACUGGGCAGAUGGGACAAACAUAAAGAAACCAAUCAAAUGCUCGGCACCAAAGUACAUUGAUUACCUGAUGACUUGGGUCCAGGAUCAGCUGGAUGACGAGACACUGUUUCCAUCCAAAAUAGGCGUUCCUUUCCCAAAGAACUUCAUGUCCGUGGCGAAGACCAUUCUGAAGCGUCUCUUUAGAGUGUAUGCUCAUAUUUACCACCAGCACUUUGAUCCAGUGAUCCAGCUGCAAGAAGAGGCACAUCUUAACACAUCCUUCAAGCACUUUAUUUUUUUUGUUCAGGAAUUCAACCUUAUUGACAGAAGAGAGCUGGCUCCUCUUCAAGAACUGAUUGAAAAACUGACCUCUAAAGAUAGAUAAAAGAAAGUGGAUUUGUGGAAAUCACUUGCUUCUUUAAACAAGCGCGCAGUAUUUUUUUUUUUUGGGGGGGGGGGGGGAGUUCUGUUUUGAAAACAAAACAAAACCUUGUUCUGUUCUUACAGGCGGCCAAGAUUCAUUCUUUGUGCUUUUAUUAGGGGAAAUCUUUGUCUUUUAGUGACAUGCAGUAAAUGGGAUUUUUUUUUUCCUCACUGUGGAUUUUUGGUAGAUUUUGAGUGUUUUUAUAAAGGAAGUAUGCUUGUUGGGGGAUUUGACACUGCUGGUGGAUGGGUUCUGUUUUGUGUCCAUUGUAGCCCAUUCUCACGAAGUCCCUAAAAGACUUACAUUCUCUAAGUGCCUUGGCAGACUCACUUCUGAGGUGCAAAGCACACACAAUAUUGAACAUUGCUGGAAAAAGAAAAUACAUCCUAUCCAGGACACUUACUGAUGCUUGGUUAAUACGUAUAUGCUUAAAGUACAAAAGCCAUAACUUACUUAAAUCAGUGAUCUCCAGCUUUUAAUACAAAGUAUCAUUUUUUAAAAAGAGGUGAAUAUGGAGCGUCUCAAAAGUAGGUAUUUCAAAUCCCCCCCAAAAGUAAAAUUUUAUAGUGAUGGUGACACCACAGGUAUUAUCCUAAUCACCAGAUCUAAAUGAUAAAGAUUUUAAAAUCAUGGACAGUUCAGAAUAGCAGAGGGCUGGCUCUCCCUUUCACUGUAGUUUUUUCGUGCUUGUAACUUAUUUAUUCUGUUAAUAUAAAUAUCAGUUCAGGCCAGUCUAAUGUAUUAUAAGUUUCAUUACAUCCUUCAAUACCAUUUCCCAGAUGAGCCAAUCACUUUGCAAAAGUGUAUUUAGUGAGAAGGAAAGAUCUAUUUAGUCUAAUAAAAAGACAUGUAGGUAACAUGAAGAAAAAUCUCCUUUAGAAUCCCCUGGAGUGAUGCUGUUUAAACACAAAUAGUAAAAAGCGCUAACUUGAGAUUAGAGCUUAGAGUCUCAAGCUUUUUCACCAGAGAACCUCUCUUUGCAGAAAGACUGCCUUGUGCACCACUUCCUGGUUGCAAUCACAAUGCCUGCAUCCCAUCUCAUUCGUAAUUAUAUGAAGUCUCUGGCAACUUCAGCAAUUGUUUACAUGGGGAAAGUUACAUUGUCAUAUUUGUAUAUUUUUAGCAGUCUUUAGUGCGACGAAUGCUUUUGUUCUUUUUGAGGAAAAAUCACACAACCUCCUUUUUCUUUUAUUUCCUCUCUCCCUCCAUUUCUGGUCCUGCUUCACUCGAACUGGAAACUUGGAGAACCAGUACCAUGUGACAAGGCAUUUCCAUGGGCCACCACCAAGUGGUCUACUGACAACUAAUAUGGACAUUUCUGUCCUGCAGCUAUGUGAAACUCAUGCUUUCUUCAGCUUCAUCAAAAUGUUUCUUUAAGAUAUAUGAAUCCCUUGCAUGUAUGUUGGAUGAUCUAUGCCUUGGAUUUAUAGGUCAAAUUACAGUGCAUGGUGUAGUUGGCCUUAAGGAGAGGCUGCCAAGAGGUAGUGGAAACAGUUGGGGUUGGGUUUUUUUUCCCUUUUUUGUGAUGUCUCUAGAUCUGAAAGAUAUUCCUCAAAAAUGGGGAGUGGGGUGAAAAGGAGUAGCACCUGCCAUUCUUUUGCUUUCUUCUAUUAGAAAUAUCAGGUCUUGUCUACCUAUUUUUUUUCUGGAUGCCUGCUUGAGAUACUUGAGUGGGAACUUUUUGAAGCAACAGUUGGAGGGUCAAGAUGUUGGAAACUUUCACGUAGAUUGAUUUUCAUUCAAAUAUUUGAACAAAAAAAUCCCAUCCCCUCUCAAUUGCCGAUGUUCCAGUCUCUCCCUUAUGUGAAAAAAAAUCAAACAGAGCCCUCAUCUUCUUUUGAGAAGACCUUUGAAAACUUCCUACAUCUGAAAGAAGUAAAAAGAGCAAUUUGUUUUCCUAUUACUGGAAUAUUCACACCCAGCAUUUUACCAACUCACUCACUGAUCCAAGGAUUUAUAGGCUCUGGCCUAGUACUACUAGGAAGAGCACAGCAUUGUGUAGAUGACUUCAGGAGGCCAUAUGGCCAGUGGAAUGUUCCACAGCAAAGGCAUCUUGGGUGUGCAUCAGAUUAUCUGACUAUAUGUCUGAUUGAAUGCACUCCUUAGUGUCAGAACAUGUCCGUUUUUAGGCUGCUAUGUACUGGUUUGCACAAGAACCAGUCCCCCACUUCUCAUUCGAGUAUUGGAGGUCCCCUGUGCUCCCCUUCAUCCUUGUAAGCAAACUGUGCUGUGCCCAUCAAAGGGACUGGUUUUUGUCUCCUAUAUUGAGUAAGAUAACAGGGAACUGUAUGCUUAUCUUGCUUGCACUGUGCAAGUUGGUGCCUGAGUACUUUUUCUGUGUAUUUGUGAGUUGCUUGGAGGCUAUUUCUGUGUGGGAUGGGACAGAUAACUGAUCCAGGUACUAAAUCCAAUUUCAGAACUCGAGCCAUAGUUAACUGUAGAUCUGUUAUGGUCCAAGGGUCUUUUAGUUACUGGAUAAUUAAUAGAUUAAAUGGCUCUGAAACCUUUCUGUUUUGAAUUACGGUGCCCAUAAAGGCAUCCAUCUGAAUAUUCGGAAGGCAGAAUCAUCCCCUAAAAUUUAAACAGAACAAACUCUUCUUCAGAUUUGAAGAAAACCACAUUUUUAAAUUGCACUUGGGUCUGUAUCCUUUUAUGCUUUGCGUUAGUCUGAAAAAGUUUUAUAGCUGAAGAUUGGGGGCUUAUAAUGGAAAUAGACUGACAGGCUUUUACUUGUAUGGAGGCGUAAAUGAUACCGCUUUUAAUAGCUAGCAGCAUCUGCAUCGUUAGUUUUCAUUUCCACUGAAAACAGCUUUGCUGAACUUACUGUGAUCAGAAUCGGUUUACAGGCCAGUGUGGGUGUUCAGUGUGCAGAUUAUGCUUCUGGCAAGAUGAAAAAUAUUUUGAUCAUUGCUAAUCUUCUCUCAUCUCUAGGAGACGCUAGGCUUUGGCCUGGUCUACAUACAAAAUUAGGUUGACAAAAGGCAGCAUAUGUUGGUCUUAUUGUGCAUGUGUCUUCACUUAAAUUCAGCUCCCAAUGUCGUAAGUGCCCUGCUGUGCCAGCUUAAUAACACCACCUCCCUAAGUGGCAUAGAGCCACGGUCGAAGUGAUUAACUGGACACACUGAGGCCCUGUCUCAACUCACCGGAGGAUUGACGCUCUGGCCAUAGAUUUUUCUGGGGUUCAAUUUAGAGGGUCUAGAAAAGACCUGCUAAAUCAAAUGCUGAGGGCACCUCCAUUGGUACCAGUACUUCUCACUGUCGCAAGGAGAAAGGGAAGUCGAUGGGAGCAUUUCUCCUGCUGUGAAGUCGCCCCAGAAAAUUGACGCCAGGCUUGUCAACUCCAGCUACGCAGUUCACGUAGCUGGAGUUGCAUCCGCUUUCCUCCAUCAGUGUAGAUCUGGCCUGAAUGUAAUCACCUCAUUCCUUAUGUUGGCUACUGCUGUCAUCUAGCAGCUGCCUCGCACUGAUUGCUCUGGCUGGCAUAGUGAAUUCUGUGGCUGAGGUGGCACAGAGGCCAGACGCAUGUCGGUGAACCCCUCCCCUUCAAGCCCCAUGAGUUUUGAAAUUCCUUUCCCUGGCGUGGCACGCACCCCUUGCAGCUUUCCAUUGGUCAGUGCAAAUGCUUAGCUGAUGAUGCUGAGCUACAUGCUUUGGAUGUGCGCCUGCCUGGAGUACACAGGAGGCAUUUGAUCUGGGCCUUUAGGGACACGAGGCUGUGCACAGACAGCUCUGAGCUCCCAGUAAAAACAUGGUCAUCUAUGAACAGAUUGCUCAGGGGCUGCAGGAGAAGAGAGAUAACAGGGAGCUGCAGACCAGCUGCAUGAAAGCCAAGGACCUGUGAUAGGCAUGUCAGAAAACCAUGGAGGCCCACAAUCAGACCACUGCCAAGCUACAGACCUGCCACAUUGACAAAUUGCUGCAUGCCAUGUUUGGUGGAGAAACCAUCAGCCCCUCUAAAAGCACUGAGGAUACCUCUGAGGAGCCUGAGUCACAGACCUAGGCUGUGAACUAUGAGGAGGAGGUGCUGGAUGACGAAGAGGAGAGGUUUGGCAGGCACUGGGGAUCCAACUGCCCAGCAAACAAGGGCCAGUUUUGUUUCCAACACAGUUCAGCCAGCCUCACCCGUUGAACACAGGUGCAGGGGAUGAAACCUCAGGUGUGUAGUUUUUUUCACUAACAGAGACCCCGUUCCCCAAGUAGCAGGACACUUCUUUAGAGUUGUCGUUAAUUUCUAGCACAAGUAAGAAGGAGUGGUACAACCAAGAGAAAGAGAGUUGCUGUUGCAUUUCCUUCCCCUCUAGAGUUGAGGGGGGCAUGCCGAGCAAUUUGUUUAUGUGCAUGGGCCGUUGCAUGAAUCCUCUGGAGAAAUCUCAGUGAAACUUUUGCGGAGGAACGCUGCAAUCUUCUGCCAAAUGUUUCUAGGUAGGGCUACCUUACUUCUAGUGGUAUGGUCGGACACUUGCCCAUGCCACUUAGCGAUAACAUCAGCAGGCACUAUUGAAGUAUGUGGGCUAGCAGCAUAGAGACCUGGGCAGCUUCUGGACAACAGCAGCUGCUGUGUUCUGUCUGACUCAGGAGUGAGGGAGUAGCUAAAAUCACCAUCACCCAUGGAAUACGGUGCCAGAAUUCAGUGCUCUUGCCCCAUACUGCAAGAAGCAUGCAGUUGAGCAAUUCUUCCUUCAUUGCCCCUUACUGUGCAGGACUGACACUGUGCACGAGCAGUGCUGAGUAGAAGUGAGAAUGCAGUGCUGAAAACGUUCGGGGUACAUUGGGAUGGAGUUCAGCACGUGGUGUUUCGCUUUACACAUAGUGAAUAUGUGGCAUUAUCUGCAAUCUGCUACCAUUGUGGUCUUCCCCGCCUUACCUGCAGAACACCCGCGUCAGAUAAGGAAGAGAAAGAAGAAAAGUCAGGAUGACACGUGAUCCUGCAAGCCAUCGGUGCAUCGGACUGUGGGCACUGGCACAAGGAUGAUCAUUGCAGAUAGCCUGGAAGCUAGAGUGGAGGGAAGAAAGGCCCAUGAAAAGGAGAGGGAGAUGCAUGAGAACUGAAUGGGAUGUCUCAGGCUUCAAACAGAGAUGCUAAAGUCUCUGGUGCAACAAUCCUAGGCAGCCCAUUGAGAACUCAAUAUCAAGGCCCUUCUGCACCCCACCCCAACAUUCUGUGUAGCAUCAUGGGUUGCCAAACUAGCCCUGGCACUCCAUUCCGGGCCACAUUUAAAAACAAGCACAGCUUUGCACACAGUGACCUAUAGAAGCCUUGGUUUGUAUCUUUGUAGCUGAAAUGGACGUGAAUGUUCUUUCCUCCUUCCUAAGUUCUGUUCUCUUGAUUUAAUAGACUUCCAUUAAGUUUUAAAUGCAUUUGCUUUUUAAAUGUUUGGAUUUUUGUUUUUGGUUUUUUUUUUCCAAUUUUGUUACAGAAUAAAAGUCUGUUAUUUGGAAUCCUAAUCUUUAUAAGUUCACGGCAUAUGCUGGCUAGUGUUCACACUUCUGAAAAUCACCAAUUGCCAGUUACUGUACAGCAUCACACAACUCAUAAAAUCAUUCACAAACAAAAUGAAUUGGUGGAUUAACAAUAUUAUAUUCCUAUAUAUACAGCAGUCGCCACACAAUUUGUUGUAGACUGCCAAAUAGUAGUGCUAGGUUGACCACAAUACUACAACACACUGCACUCUGGCUCACUAUUAAAAUGGUCUUUCAAACCUUCCCUGAGCCAUAUAGCUCCACAAUGAGAUGUUGCAAUAGCUGAAAUUCAGCAGACAGCUGCUCUACCUCCACCCUGUUGGAAACUUUUCUUCUUUUGCUUCACAGAUAUCAUACAGGAUACAGCAGGCCGCUAUCGUCAUUGGGAUAUUUUUCUCACUAGAUUCCAUCUUGUGAGUAAACAACACCAAUAUCCUUUCCCAUCUCCAAAGGAAGUCCUCAUUCUACA